AUGUCGGAAUCUAAGUGUGACCGUCAAUCGAGUCCCGAAAGAAGCCUAUUUUGUCAAAACAUCUCCCUUAACCAAAAGGAAUGCGAUGCGUCAGGUACCUCAAAGAAAAACAAAAUAAGACUCUCACUGAGUCUUUUUUCGCUCGGUUUAGCAAUGUGUUACCGCAGUUCACACGCUUAUUGUUGGCACCACCAUUAAUACGGUCUGUAAAUCCUUCGAAGACCAUACUAAAAUUGGUUGGGUCGUUAGCGUUUACUCACUGCCUAAUGCGCUUUUCAGUCUGCUAUGGGGACGGCUCUGCAUUUUGCUAGGAUGUCGUGGUAGCAUUUUGAGCUGCAUCGUACUUUUUAAAGCAGGAUCUUUGAUCUCGGCGCUUGCGCAGUCAAUCAACACCCUUAUUGCUGGCAGAGUGAUGGCUGGAGUAGGAGCAGUGGACUUCAGACUCUCAGUAUUGUUAUAGGGUGCCAGCUUGUGGACGAAAAAACGCGUCCGUUGGUCAUUUCCCUCCUCAACUGCACUUUUGCCGUGGCUUCAAUUGCAGGGCCCUUUUUGGGAGGUGCGUUCACCAUACAUGUCAUUUGGCGAUGGUGUUUUUACAUAGACCUGUCAAUCGGAGGCCUGGCGAUAGUCAAAUUCCUGCUUUUUUACAAUCCUGAGAACGAAAACCUGCUGGUCAAAUGUUUAAGGACACUGAAGAAAAUUGGGAGUUUUCGAACGACGCCAAAGAUCGUCAUUAGGCAAAUUCUAUCCGGAUUUGAUAUUGUAUCAUUUGCGCUUUUUUCUUGCCGGAUGUUUGUUGUUUCUUUUGGCUCUAACCUUCGGCGGUCAGACACACCCUUGGGAUUCGGGACUCGUUAUCAGCUUUAUUAUCGUUGGAUGCCUUUUGGUUCUUCUUUCUCUAAUAUCCGACUUCAAAAUAUUUGAUAAAAUCAAGCCACAGGAGAACUUCAGACCAUUGCUGAGCUGACAUCUGAUGUCUCAACCCUCAAUAUUUUUCGCGAAUUUCUCCAGUUUCUUCCUGACCGCUGCUAACAACAUCCAGAUGAUGUACAGCGUCCAGUUCUUCCAACUUGUUUACGGCUUUACGGCAUGGAAGGCAGGGUUGCAUUAAUUCCAAUUUUAGUGUCUAUCGUGGUUUUCUCAAUCGGAAGUGGAACAAUAACCAAGAAGACAGGACAGAUCAAGCCUUUGCUUCUAAUUGGUGCUGCAAUGGAUGUUCUGGGCGGUGGCUUAAUGACGUAUUAGAUAACACAUCGAGCAAGCACACCCAAUUUGGAGUUUUGAUUCCGCCAGGAGGGGCAUUGGGAUUUGUCCUGCCAUCCGCGCUUAUUGCAUGCCAUGUUCAGAUAGAUAAAGCCAGUCCUUCCUAUGGAGCUGAUAUGUUGGAUACAACUUUCGUGAGUGUCCGGCUAAAGUCACUCGGUACCACGCUCGGUAGCAUACUUUCCACAAUGGUGUUUUCGACGUCUGUAUUCGACAAGACAAAGUACACUGGAAUAUCGCUACAAGAAAAUGGAAAACUAGACGGGAUCGCUGCUUAUCGGAUGGAGCAUUUCGACAAUCCUCGCUCGAAAAUGGGGUACAUUGUCAGUAAUUCAGUUGAGUUCGUAUUUUGGAUGGCACUCGGGUUUUCUGCCGUCUCGUUUAUCUGCAUUCUUUUUGUGUCUAGAAAGAAAGUAGACAUGGAUUGA